AUGGCUGAGACCAUGAAAACCUUGUUUGCUGGCUUAGUAAGAACGGGCCCCCAUGGUACGCUCUGUUGGUCAAAGCCGAUUUUCAUCAAGAAAGGCUGGAUUCCUGGUACUCGCAGGCACAAUGCUACGCACUUCGUAAGGGCUGGUUCGAUGGAAGCCACUCAGAUCCCUAACGUCUCAAAAGUUGGCUCAGGGAUCACUAGGAUCCUGGGUCAGAAUCCAGGCCCCUAUACUCUCCAAGGUACCAACACUUACCUCAUCGCUGGCGAGCAAAGCAGCGUUUUGAUCGAUACCGGCGAGGGAAAGGAUUCCUACUUGGGCCUCUUGGAGCCCGUCCUCAGAUCGAACCCACCUGUCUCAGAUAUCAUUUUGACUCAUCGGCAUCGAGACCAUGUUGGCGGAUUACCAUCAGUCUUAAACCUCCUUUCAUCCCUCGGCGGUCCAUGCACAUCUCCACCUGUCCGCCGGAUGCCAAAAGUCUGGAAAUUCCGGUCGGAUGGAGCCAGUUAUGACCGCGAUAUUCAGGAGGUCCUAGUCCAACACUUCGAAGCCAGCUCCUCCAAUUCCUCGGAUAUUCGUUCGAAGCCGGGCUGCGACGCCUCCGAGACGCCAGAAUUAAAUUUCCUGUCGGAGCACCAAGAAUUCCGCCUAUCAUCAGUUGCAAAGCUGCAAAUCACACACACUCCAGGCCAUACGGAAGAUUCGAUUAGCUGCUUACUGCUUGAGGACCCACAUGUGCAAGUUGAUGGAGAAGAAGCAAGAGGAGAUACACUUGACUCGAGGAAGGAAGAAGUACUUUCAGCGAUCUUCGUGGGCGAUACGAUCCUUGGUGGAAGCUCGUCCGCCUUUGAGGACCUGCUCGUCUACCUCCAAUCCUUGCAAAAGCUGCUGGAUAUCUCCAACAGAGCAACGCGAACAGACCUGCCCGUCCGUCUCUAUCCUGCCCACGGCCAUAUCAUCCUCGAUGGCCCCGCUGUCAUUCGCCAGUUCAUCGACCAUCGCUUGGCUCGUGAAAGGCAGAUCUUGGACUGCUUCCGUCAGCACGGCCGUCUCAUUUCGUCGUCGGCUGACCCGGCUGCUCGCUGUUUGACCCCUGAAAAAUUGAUCGAAUUGAUGUACCCCGCCGAGUUACCCAAAGCGGUUUAUCCCGCCGCCCUGCGCGGGAUCCACCAGCACUUAAAGAAACUUCAAGAAGAAGGUCUCGUUGAUCGGUGUGGACCAAACCCAGCUGAGCUCUGGUGUUUGGUUGAGAGGGCCGAUACCUGA